CUGCGUCUUCUCGCCUCUACAGCCGCUUCCCUCCGAGGCCAGGGGAGCCGCCCUUCCGCGUGCUUUCUGUCACGGGCCCCCCUCCACCUCCCCCCAGCAGCUGCGGCUCCACACUCCCCUCUGGCCCGCGCCCGGCUGGGGACGCCGUCCCCUCAGCACUCACUGCCCCGUCCCCUCCCACCCCUCUAAAAUGUCCCGUAGUCUCCAGAACGCCCUUCUGAAAACCGCAGAGGAAAAUUCAGGCUCGCAUUGUGUUUCAGGCUGCAUGUACCAAGUAGUUCCUACGAUUGGCGCAGAUGGAAAAAAUCUUCUGCAUUUACUUCCAAUUCCUAAAUCUUCUGGAAAUCUUAACCCGUUAGUCCAAUCUCAAGUCAUAUCUCAUGCUUUGAAAGGGAAUGCAGGAAAACCAGUCCAAGUUACUUUUCAAAGUCACAUUUCCAGCUCUUCCACAAGUGCAUCAGUUCAAUUGCCCGUUUUUCAGCCAGCCAACACUACAAAAUAUGUUCCUACAGUAGAUACAUCAGGAAAAGGUAGAGUUACUUCUUUGCCACCAGUUUCUAAAGUUGAGAGUCAUGGUGCGAAAAUUGAUGGACUCACCGUGCAUACAUUUGCUAUUCCUCCCUCAACACAAAAUGAUUCAUCUUAUUUUAUGGUUAAUACCCCAAGUCUCCAGGUGAAUGUGAAUUCUUCAAUAUUGCCUUCUGGGCAUCAUUCACAGAUUCCAGCCCAUGCUCAAGUGAAAUCUGUACCUGCAUCAUCCUUGCCUCCUUCAGUUCAACAAAAGAUACUUGGGACUGCAACCACAAGUACCUCAGGAACCACGAGUACCUCAACCACAGUUCAAAUACCAACAAUUACUUAUGUUUCUCCUGUAAAUUCAGUGAAAAAUAGAGUUACCAAGAACUAUCAGAACAUUUACCCCAAACCAGUGAUAUUAAAUACCUCACAAAUUCCACCAAAUGUUGCUACAGAGACACAGUUAGAAGGCGGUCAGCAGUCUCAAGCUGCUCCAGUGAAAUGGAUUUUUCAAAAGAAUCUACAUCUUCCAUCCCUUGUUCCUGUUAAGUCUUCAAGUAAUGUGUCAUCAAAGAUUCUAAAUACUUUUGUGGGUAGAAAAGAUUUGGGAUAUAAUACCAUAGAUACACCUAUGUUGAAUACUAUCAGUUCUAGCGGGACACCCUCCAUUAGUGUGCCUAUUAAAGAGAAUGCUUUGAUAAUGUUGAAAAAGAAAGUCUAUCUGUUGACUAAAAAGGGGACACGUGGUCUGCCAUCACAAAAUGACCAAAAGAAUUCUGUUUCUUCUGAUACUUCACUAAGAAAAGAUUCAUCACAGGUAGUAGGUUCAAGUCUAGACACAGAAAUAAUCAAAGAGGUUGUAAAUAGUGUUUCGGGUAAAACUAAAUCUUUCCAGUUGGAGACAAAAUCACUUUCAAAUUCCCAGACUUCUUCCGUGGCUAAUCUAAGAGCAGAGAAGAAUGAAAAAGUGGAGAAACCAUCUUUUUCUGUGACAAACCUACAUACUAUGAACCAGUUCACUAACUGCCUUAAACAGAUUAAUACUGGAUUUACAAACCCAGUUUUUCCAGCUGGAUUUAGGACAGGACAUAAUGCCCCCAGAAAAGGAAAUGUCAUCCAGAGCAUAGAGAAAAUGUGUUCCUCUGUUGAUGCAGCAACUGUCACUUCUCAACAGUGUGUUUUCAGAGACCAAGAAUCACAGACCCAGUAUGAGAUGGCAUCAAUAUUAAAAAAAGGUACUCAAGAAAGAAGUAACAAGAAAUAUUCUCAAGAAAGCAACAUUAAGGCAUCACAUCUGAAGAACGAUGCUGAAUUUAAAAAGAUAUUUGGUCUCACUAAAGAUUUGAGAGUAUGUCUUACUCGAAUUCCUGACCAUCUGGGCUCUAGAAAAGGUUUUGAUUCCUUUAGCAGUUUGGAGCAGAGUAGUUCUAACAAAAAUGCAAAGUUUCUGAUAAAGAAAGAAGAAAGAAAACAGAGGUUUUCUAAGAAAAGAAAAGCAGAAGCCAUUAAGAAGAUGGAUUACACAAAAAGGAGAAAAACUGAGAGUGCUAGUGCCACAGGCGUGAAUGGAGCUGAUGUUGCUAGUUCCCAGGUUCUUAAUAGUAUUCUACCAACAUCGGAUGUAUUGCAACAUAACAUUGUCACAAGCCAUAGUACAACCAGGGAAGACAAGAGAACUGAGGCAGAAUACUGCUCCCAUGAGAAGCUAGAAAAAGGGACAUUAAGUUCAAGUAUAUCUUUUGAACAAAGUAAUUAUUUUAGUAAAACCUGUACUGAAGAUAUUUUUCCAAUGACACCACCAGAAUUAGAAGAAACCAUCAGAGAUGAAAAAAUAAGAAGACUUAAGCAGAUUUUAAGAGAGAAAGAAGCAGCUCUUGAAGAAAUACGUAAGAAGAUGCACCAAAAAAAAUAAAAUGUCUAGGAUUUAAAGACUUUUAAUACUACAGUAGUUCUAUUUUAACUGCCAUGGAUAGAGUUAAGAUCCCCAGUGGAUACCUGAAACUGGAGAUGGUACCAAAUCUUGUAUACAACCACUGUAAAGUCAUGAAAUUUGUUGACAACGAAACAACGUCUACUUAGAUGAAUUCAACAUGCAAGUACUAUAUACAGUGUGGAUACAAUGAUUCAAAGAGGAUAACUGAUAUCCUCAACAGGACACUAUGAAAAGUUUGUCAUACUACUCAGAAUGACGUAUAAUUUAAAAGUUAUGAAUUUCUUCUUUCUGGAGUUUCUUAUUGAUUUUUAGACAACAGUUUUUUAUGGAUAACUGAAAACAGAAAAGGCAACUGAAGGUUAUAAGGGAUUGCUGUGUUUCUUGUAAAGGCACUCUGAACAUAUCUUUGUCUAAGAAGUUUAAAGAGUACCAAAAGGUUAAGUCAUAAGACUUGUCAAUAAUUUACAUGAAACCUUUUGACUGACUUGUUUUGGAAGAAAAGUUUUGGUAUUUUUCUGUGAAAUGAAAUUCCUGAAGUUUGAGUAUUUUGGACAAGGUUUCUGUUAAUGUUAUAUCUUCAAAUAAAUUACUCAGGUCUUACUCUUAAGAUUAUUGUAUACAGAAAUUCUACAAUUCAAGAUACUAAGUCAGCUGUAAGCAUAACUUUACCAUUGAAUUUCUAUGUGGACUGUCGUGGUAUUCUUACCCAUAAAAAAUUAUACAACCUAUUUGCUGUUGUUGAUAUUUUUAUUUCAUCAAGAAAAUUUAUUGUGAAAAUGUAUUCAAAUAUUUGUCAACGAAGGGCAUGUGUUUUUUUUGCAUGUCCACAAUAUCAAUGUAUUCCUAAUAAAAAAAAAAAAAAGGUUUG